ACAUUUUGUUACGGACGCCAUUUCAAGAUUAAUUCUUUGGUCACAUCUGAGGAAUAACUGGUCCCUUACACACCAACAGCUAACACUAACUGGAACUCUCAAAAAUUCUGUUACAUAGUGACUUCCGGGGUAAAUACGAUGACAGAGGCAGUGACAGAAGACGAACAAUUAAUUUUCGAUGCAGCCUCCAGCUAUAGACGAAGGGAUUUCGAAAAAUGCUCGUCAAUUAUGGAGAAACUCAAAGGCGGGAAAUUAAAUGAUACGAAGAUUCAUAUGAACAAGGCACUACUCAAUUAUGUGUAUAAAUCAGGCUGUUUGGGAAGUGAACAGUAUGUUCGUGAAUUGAAGCGGAUCGCAGCUGUUGAGGGAGUGAAUCUCGAUGAUUAUGAUGAUAAAACCUGUUCUUUAGGAAGACGCAAUCCAGAACGUGCAGAUGAAGUUUGCAGUUCAAAAGAUGGAUUGUCUAACAUUGCACCUCAGUUUGUGUCAAGAUCGUCAAUCGCAAUCAACUUGUUGUAUAACUACGCUGUUGUGUCGUUUUAUCAACGUCAGUAUGCUCAAGCUGAAAAACUUCUUGCGAAUUGCCUUGAUAUUCCAAUAAACAUGGAACCAGCAGAUAACAAAACGUCCAGCGCUAAAGCGAUCCCUUUAACCUUCCAAUCUCCAACAUAUUUUGACCAACCUUCAUCUAGUUUGAUACAAGCAAUGGAUCUCACACCAUCAACUGAUACUGAUCUUUGUCGACGCAUUGUUCUUCUCUGGUUAGAAGUUUGCUUGAGGUUGUUUCAGGUCGAACGUGUCUAUCAGCUUUGUGAUUACUGGCUUUUGUGUCUUAAUUCAAUGUCAGUAAUCUCUGAAACAGUCAACAUACCCACGAAUACUCAAACCGAUAUUCUUUUGUCUCCCGAGAAUGCAAAUCCUCAUUCACGACAUCUCAAUAGUAAUGCUCUGGGUGUACUCAUUGGAAUCAAAAAACCAAUACAACUCUAUUACAUUAGAGCUUGUCUACUGACAGGACGUCUAUAUGAUGCAGAAAGCGAGUUAAGUGUAUUUAUAUCAAAAGACUGUUCUGAGGUGGGAAAUAAUUCUCUCGAAAAGAAUACUGACUAUAAAGAGAAUUCUACUGAAGUCGAAAUAUUAUCAGUUAAUUAUGAUCAUUCUGAAGGAGGAGAACAUUCGGAAAAAUUACCACAAUCAAAUCCCGAAAAUAUUAGCAAACAUUGUUCCGAUAUUGUAUGGUCCACGGGGAAUUCUGUGUAUUUUCUUCAAGCUCAAUUAGCUUAUCUAAAGGGUUGUUACAAUGAUGCUAUGAAACUGCUUUCAUCCAUCCCAUCACCUUCAUUCAACUCUGUAUCAGUGAAUGAUUGGGAGUCUGCCAUUGUAAAGAAUAAUCUAUCUUUAAUUUAUUAUUGUACGGGACGGUGUACUUCAAGUGUAUUACAUCUUCGUAGUGCUUUGAAACAAGUUGACAGAAUACUUCAAACCUCUGUACAGUCAGUGGACAAGAAUCUUACCUGCAUCCUGAAUCAUCAAAACGGUUACUUUUCUGUUGCUGAGUAUUCAGAGCUAUUGAAUAAGAUCCCUUUACAUGUUUCCAGCAUAAUUGAACACCAUGAAUUAGCUUAUAACUAUGGAGUACAGUUAUUAUUUUCACAAAGACCUUCGGAAGCUUUUUCCACUCUGUCACAACUUGUUCGUAUUUAUCCAAGAAACCCUCGAUUAUGGUUUCGUCUUGCUGAAUGCUGUAUAAAAUUACACUGCCCAUAUAAUUUAUCACUAUGGAAAAUGGAGUCAAGAAAAAGAUGUGUUGUCGAAAGUGUAGGUUGUGGCCCGUUUCGUAAAUUGAUGCUUGCCGCUGUGAAUUCUGAGGCAGUUAAAUCAUCAAAGGUGGAUGAGUCGCUGUUAUCGUCUCCAAGUCUAGAAUUUGCUUCUUUGGCUUUACGUAAUGCACUGUUAUUACUUCCAACACCACCUGUUAAACUUAUCACGGCCCAAUGUCUGAACAACAAUACAUCUGGUUCAUCCUAUGUAUCUUUAAUCAAAUGGUCAAAUAAACAAUUUAUCCCAACUUAUCCAUCACCCACGCCAUUAUUUGGCAUGGGAUUAUUACAUUUCUUGUCAGGAUUGCAUGUGAGCACGUCUUAUGUGGCGUUGUGUUUAAAUCAACCUGUAGAAGUGAUCCAAUCUGCUAGUCAAGUAUUAGAUUCCAUUUCACAAAGUGAGAAUAAUUCUGUAGUCGAUUCAUUUAAACAUGGAACUAAUCUUGGCAUUAUUGCUCCAAAGGUGCAUAGUUAUUUGUGUCGUUUGUAUUACGCUGAGGCCUUAACCUACUUAGACAGAAUUGAUGAAGCCUCAUCUUUACUUCAGAUAUCUACAGAUAAUGAUCUAAAUUCUAUCACACGAUGUUUAAAUGGCGUUUGUUUUGAGAUACCUUUUCUUUUUCCUAACGUUGAUGACAAUCAAAAUUCACUCUCAUCCUCACAUACAAAUGAAUCAGUGACUAUGUGUAACCAGUUGAACCGGUCAGUUCCUGUGAAUACACGUUACAGACAGCCACUUAUCAGGCCGGUUGAUUUUCCUACUAAUGUUUUACAGGCUUCUUCGUUACUGACCUACAAUUUCGCAGUUACAUUGGCGAUUAAAAAACAAUAUCGUUUAUCGAAGCAAUACUUGGAGAUUUCAUUACCAGGCUUAUUUUUGUCAGCCAGUGAAUUAGACGGCAGAAAAUGGCAUCCAGACCUGUCUGGAGAGCCAACCCUAUUAAAUGACUGUAAAAUACUACCUACAACUGUUCUGCUACUAUGCAUAUACUUAGAAAUAGGCUUAGGUCAUCGUAAGCAAGCGGCAGAGUUAUUACGUGAACAUUUUGGUCAUCUUACAAUGGCUGAUCGAUUAAAUCCAUUAUUUGCCUAUAACGACGAAACUGCUUCUCUUCUUCCAGCUGUACCUCAAGAAAUUGAUCCUUCAUUACUUGCUAAGAACUAUCCUUCACUGGUGACUGAUUUAAAACAAUUGAUCAACGUUCAACAACAAAAUAUUACUGGAAAUACAACCAUUCCACAGAUUCGCCCACCACCAUCUGUUCACCUACAACAAUCAAGUAAUCGUUCAACUAAUUUAUGGACACCUUGUCAACAAUUCAGACAAUCUCAAGCUCAACAAAAUCAACCAGUUUAUUAUUCACCUUUAUUACAAACACAAAUUCCACCACAAACACAACCUACACUUGCUAAUUAUGAAUAUGCUAGUCGUUGGGAUCAACCAACAUCUGCAACUGGUUUAAUUACAGCGAAUAAUGAAAAUGAUUGGCCUCCUUUAGGAUGAAUUUAGGGCAUAUCUUUUGUUGUCUUUCUCUUCUCUGUUACAUACAGUCUGUACUUAAUUUUAAAUAAAUGCUAAAUUUUCAGAAUA